AGGCUGGGUGGUGAGUUGGGUGGGCGGUAUCCUGCCUCGUGGCUGUGUUCCGCGCUCCGCAGGUGCUGAGCGGGGAUGCAGGGGACCCCACAGGCGGGAAAGCGCUGGGGGGAGACCCGGCUUGACAUAGCGCUGGAGAGAGCAGAGUGCACGGACCACGAUCCACGAAUCAUCCAGAUUCCCGCGGGGCAUCCCGCGCAGGAGCAGCACAGGCCGGGGAGCUCUCCCCAGCUGGGCGGCCGGCGCAGGACCCCGCCCUUCCGCGCUCCGUCUCCCGGGCGACGGGAACUGGAAAGUGAAAGCGGAACCUGCGGGCCACCGGCUUUAGGUCUCCCGCUGCCCGAGCUUCUCCGCGCCAUGGCUUCAGCAUUGAAGAUCAGGGACCCCACAGUUUCUGAGAGAACGAUUGUAGUCUCUGGUCUUCCAGUUGGCCUUUCCAAAGACCAGCUAGUGAAGCGUUACUUCCGAGAUGAGGGCGGACACGUGGAAGAAGUGAUAUAUCCAUCAAGAACCAAAGGAGUUGCAUAUGUCAUAUUCAAAGAAAAGAAAGUUGCACAGAAUGUCAUCAGACAAAAGAAACAGCCCCUGGCCUCAAAGCCGCAGCUCACCGUCUCUCCAUUCAGUGAAAAGGUCUUCAACUAUGUGAUGGCUAUUCUUGAUCUGUCUGUUUUUCGGUCUCAAACUGUACUAGAAAGCCUGGUAAUGGACCUGAAAAAGAAAAUCCCAACUUUAAACUUCAGCCCAUUGAGCCCCAGUGGGAAAAUCUCCGUGCGAGGUUCAUUUCUGGCUAUCUUGAAGCUCAAACAGGCUUUGAUAGCAAAAGCCAUCUCCGCUUCAGAAAGCAACAGGAAGGAGGAUGCCAGCGAGAGGAGAAAUCGCAACAGACAGAAGAACCCUGGAGGCGUCCUACCGGGAAGGGAGACCUCUGCGGUGGCACUUGGGACCUCUGUCCCUGGGUCUGCCAGAAGCCAAGGGAUGCUUGUGCUUGAUACAGAUGUUUUCCUUUACCUGAAACACAAGUGUGAGUUGUAUGAACUAACACUGAACAGAUACCAUAUCCUGUGUCAGGAGAGCGUGGAUGGUGAUGUCACCACCAUUUGUCUACAAGAUGCUCAUGAUGGGUCUCACCCCAGCAGUGUCAGAUAUAUGAAAGAGCUCAUUGAGGAGUGGGCCCAGGGGCUCCACCUUGAGCUCAGAAAAGAGACACUGGUUUUGGAAGGAAAGGGAGAGAGUGAGAAAAGAAAUAUUAAGCAGGCUUGUGAACAGCUGUGUUACAGAUAUCGUAGAGUUUUGAUUAAUCCUCACCACACACAUAUCAACAUUAUAGGACCUUCGUCCGACACGUUCCUGUUUAAGACAGAGCUCAUGAAAUCUGCAGGGCAAAAGGUCACUUGAGGUCUCAGCCACAGUUGUCAUGGUGGCUUUCCCCAAGACUGAGAAGUGACUGUGCUUGCCUCUCAUUUCAUCCAGAUUUCACUGUGUGAAUCAUUGUCUUCAUGUUAUAGGAGAAGAAGGUAGGAUUUAGGGAAAUUAAAAUACUUAUCCAGAGUUAUCCAGCUGACAAGGAAUGGGCCUGGCAUUAAAUACAAAAAUGGUACCUAAAUCAAAUUGAAAAACAAAACAACAAUGACAGUAAUAACAACAAAACCUCACUAAACUUGGAAGAAAUCUCACUUUUCCUGCAACUCCAAAUUAUUAGGAAAAGAAGUUUUUCCUCUGACAGAGGUUUGUAUGAAUACCAUGCUGUUGCUAAGUCCUCAGGGUUUGUAUUUACUCCACAUAGCAUUAGAAUGUUGCCUAGGAUCACUUGGGAAAGUAGUGGUUCUGUUAGAAUUGUAAGGAGUCUUGGGAGAAAUUUGUAUGCUUGCUAUUGUAGACAAUUCUUGUUUUACAACAGUGUGCCAUCCAGAUACCCAUUGUAAUUUCAAAACAUGGUGAGUCAAAAAAGUGCCUUUAACCCAUGUAACUCACACAACAUCCUAACUUUGCUACACUGUCUAUGGUAGAGAAAUGACUCCUGACCCUGGUUGCUGCACAAUUGUGGCUGAUUGUCAGUGGGAGCUCACUGUUGCUGCUCAGCAUUGCUAGAGAGCAUUGCAUUGUGUAUCACUAGCCUGGGGAAGAUUCAGUGUCUCAAGUACUGACUAUAUACUCCUUUUGCACCAUAAUAAAGUAAAGCUUACAGUAAUAUUAAAUUGUGAGUUGACCCAUCAUCAAGCCAAGCAAGGAUCAUCUGCAUUCUGAGCAUCUGUGAUCUUACUCCUCAAACACUGUUAUUUGAACAGCACAGUAAUAAAG